CCACCACCACCAUACAAGUAUGAGUCGCCACCGCCGCCACCAUACAAGUAUGAGUCUCCACCGCCCCCGCCAUACAAGUAUGAGUCACCGCCACCGCCACCAUACAAGUACGAAUCACCACCUCCACCUCCAUACAAGUACGAGUCCCCGCCUCCACCUCCAUACAAGUAUGAGUCGCCCCCACCGCCUCCUUACAAGUAUGAAUCUCCACCGCCACCACCAUACAAGUACAAAUCGCCACCUCCACCUCCAUACAAGUAUGAGUCGCCCCCACCACCUCCUUACAAGUAUGAAUCCCCACCUCCGCCACCAUACAAGUACGAAUCGCCACCUCCGCCUCCAUACAAGUAUGAGUCGCCCCCACCGCCUCCUUACAAGUAUGAAUCCCCACCUCCGCCACCAUACAAGUAUGAAUCGCCACCACCGCCUCCAUAUUACUAUAAAUCUCCACCGCCUCCUUAUUACAAGUAUGAGUCUCCACCACCACCAUACUACAAGUACGAGUCUCCACCUCCACCUUACUAUUACUACAAAUCCCCACCGCCUCCAUACUACAAAUAUGAAUCCCCUCCACCACCUUACUACAAGUAUGCAUCGCCACCUCCACCAGCUUACAAGAAGUAAAAAGUUUCAUGUUGUGUUCCAUGGAUUCAACAUAAUAAGAUGUGUUGUGAAAGAAAGCAGAACGAUUUUUUCAUAUAAAUAAAGACUGGAAAAUGUUUCAUUA